GAUUAUUUCUGAAGAUAGUGAAAAAAAAAUACCAGCAGGAAAUUCAAACGGAAAAGGAAGCGGGCGCUCGUGUCGUGCAAGUUGUUGCCAUUGCACAGUGUGAGUUGUGAGCGCACACAGUAUGGACGCGGGGCGCUUGUAGCCCUGGUGUUGGACACAUCUCGCAUUCAUGCAUCCUGCACAGGCUCUGCGGAUCUGCCUCCUGCUCUCCAGCCUCCUGCUCGCCCGGGCCGCGGAGAUCAGCUACCGCUUCGAGAGCAGCACCAACAACAUGGCCAUGAGCAGCCUGGGGGGCGGCAGGGUGUUCGUGGCCAGUAACAACUCCUUGCACCAGUUCACCCGGGGACUGGUGCUGGAGCACUGGGUCCGCACCGGCCCGCGUCUGGACGGACCGUGUGAGAAGAGCUGGACCAACACCACCAAUGUCAACCGCAUCUUGGUGGUGGACGAGGACCACGGAUAUCUCAUCACCUGCGGCACCGUGAGGAUCGGCGCCUGCGAGGUGCGCCAGCUCAGCAACAUCAGCGAUUCCCAGCAGAAGGAGGGCCGAGUGGCCACACUGGACUUGAGGGCCUCCACCCUGGCUUUCCCGGUGCCUAUCAACAACUCGACCCACAUGCUGACCGCCGUCACCUCCACGGGCGAGGACAGCAGGUUCAUCCCCGACGACUGCAAGGGCGAUGACAACUACUACGGGAUCAAGGAAACCCGCAUCUUCUUAAGGUCUCUGGAGGGCCCAGUGACCGGGAGCGUCUUCCUCAACUACGAUUCCGACUCUCUAGAGCCGGUCGUAGACCUGCCAACCUCCCAGGAGCACCAAUUCGUGCAGGGUUUCCACCUUAACGGCGCAAUCUAUAUCUCAGUCAAUGCAGCCAACGCCAAAGUCGUCUUCGCCAAUGUUUCUAGCAUCACGGAAGGCGUUCUGGUCAGCGUCUCCUGCAGCUUAGCUGGGAGUGGGCCCCUCCAGGUCUUGUCGUCUGCCCUGGUCAGCACCGCCGGCUCACAGUCCUUCCUGGCCGCUGUGUUCUCUCGCCAGGAACAGCCGCAACACAAUGCGCUCUGCCUCUUCGAGUUGGGGCGCUUCAAUGCCGUCAAAAAGGUUCCUAUGUCUGGGCACGAAAUAGCCAUUACUUCGGACACAAUAGACAGUACGCCGUUAUUUAGUUACUCUGGAUUGUUAUCUGUGUCAGCUACGUCGGUGAGGAACUGGGCUGUCAUAUUCCUUGGAGCAGGAGAUGGACGAUUGAUUAAGCUGGUUCUGGAUGAAAACAUGAAAGUACUUCGGCCGAGUAUUCUGAUUGAACUACAAGAUGAAUCUCCAAUUAAGAACAGCAUAAUGUUUGAUAAAAUAGAUCCACAUUACUUCUACCUGUUAACUGAGAGGAUGGUGAGACGGCUGAAGGUGGCAAACUGUAGCCAGUACAGUUCGUGUGAAGAUUGUUUGUUGGCACAGGACCCGUACUGUGGAUGGUGUUUGCACGAGGAAAGGUCUGUUUGUACAAAGCAGCCGAGUAGCAGCAACACUGCUGGACGUCUACCUCGUAAAGCAAUGUUUGAAGAUAGAGGAACUCAGCGCACCAGACAGCAUCUCUGGAGGAAAGAAGUAGGUGACGUUUCGGGUCAAGACCCUUCUUCAGACAGAACGCGAAACGUCACAUUCCUUUUUCCAGAGAGGCUGCCUGACCAGCUGAGUUACUUCAGCUUUUUGUGUCUAUCUUUAGUUUAAACCAUCAUCUGCAG